AUCAAUCAGUCAGUGAGUCAGUUAACAACUAAAUUGGUCGUGUAUUGUGUCUUGUGACAAAACUCAUCUCGCUCGUUUUAAAAAAUUUACGUAUCGUACAUUCUAUGCUUGUUUCUUAUUAUACUCAAACUAAUUAAAAAAUAUUAUUUAUUUAAAAGGUUAAGCUAUAAUUUUUGAUUCAAACAAGCUGUGUGUUAGGAAAGACUAUCAAGUGAUUGUGGCAUUUGUAAUGUUAUGAAUUUUUCGAAAAAAUGAAGUGUUACCACAACGUCGAAGACUUUAAUAAAAAUUCCAUUACAAUUAAAAGAUAAUUUUUUUCUCAUAUGGACGAUGGAUGAUGAAGAAGCUGAUUUACGGGAGCAGAUAUUUCAUAACAAUGUUAGAGAGCAGAUUAUUUUCCUGCUUCUCUUCAUUUUACUUUACCUCUUCUCAUUUAUGGUGAUUGAGAAGUUUCGACGGCGUGACAGUGAGGACUGCUUUACGGCUGAUGAGGAUGAGGUGAAGGUAUACCGAAUAAGCCUGUGGCUGUGUACAUUUGCACUAGCUGUAUCAUUGGGUUCUGCACUUUUGCUGCCAGUAUCAAUAGUCAGUAAUGAAGUGCUUUUACUGUAUCCCAAUAGUUACUAUGUGAAGUGGCUCAACAGUUCAUUGAUACAAGGGCUAUGGAAUCAUGUGUUCCUGUUCUCAAAUCUGUCAAUGUUUGUGUUCUUGCCUUUUGCAUAUCUAUUUUCUGAGUCAUCUGGUUUUCCUGGAUGCAGAGGCUUAAGAGGGCGAGUGUAUGAAACAUUUCUAGUGUUGGCUCUACUUGGUGUGGCCAUGUUAGGUCUGGCAUAUGUAAUCUCAGCUUGGUUGAAAGGAGACCGUUCCAGUAUUGAAGCUUUACUUAAUCUAUGGACAUACUUACCGUUCCUAUAUUCGUGCGUGUCGUUUGUGGGUGUUCUGAUGCUGCUAGUGUUUACCCCACUUGGGUUCGUUCGUCUGUUUGGCGUGGUGGGUGGCGUGCUUGUGAAACCACAAUUCCUGAGAGAUCUCAACGAGGAGUACUACAUGUAUUCGUUUGAAGAAGAUACGAUAAAGCGACGGAUUAACAAUGCCGUUUCUACUGGUGCUGGCUACAUAAUCCCCGAGCCCAUGUACCCAGACCGCGGGGACAUUUCGUCUCCCGUAGACUUGGACUCGUCCAUGUCAAAAGACGUCAGCGGUUCAGUGUUGUACGAUAAGGAGACGCCACUACUGCGACUGAGGAAUGGUGCGCUGCAAGCUGGACUUAACGAUAGAUUGGCGCGAGUCGUCGCUUUGAGAGAGGAGGUGGAGAGUCAGCGCAAGACGUCAUCGCUGCAACGUAACGUGGUGUACCCACUGGCGAUGCUGCUAUUGCUCGCACUCACCACCAUCACUGUGCUCAUGGUGCUGCAGAACAUCCUGGAGUUGCUGAUUGGCAUUAAAGCGUUGCCACUUAGCACACGGCAAUUUUCUCUGGGCAUCGCGUCGUUGUCGAAGCUGGGGUGGGCGGGCGCGACGCUGGAGGCGGGGCUGAUCCUGUACCUGUCGGCGGCGUCGCUGACGGGGCUCAGUGCACCCAUCCGCGCCGCGCGCCUGCUGCCGCGGCCGCGCCGCACGCCGCUCUCGCGCAUCAUAGCACUCUGCGCACUGCUGCUCAUGCACUCCACUGCGCAGCCGCUGCUCGUCAAGAUAUUAGGUAUAACGAACUUUGAUUUACUGGGCGAGUUCGGCCGCAUCGAGUGGCUGGGCAGUUUUAAACUCGUAGUGGUGUACAACGCGACGUUCGCCGCGACGGUGACCCUCUGCCUCGUCAGCAAGUUCACGGCGAGCGUGCGACGCGAACUGUACAACAGAUUCAAGUGGAUAAUGGAUUUAUUUGUAAUUGAAGAUAAAACUCAUAUGAAUGUAUCGUUUAUCGCUAACUGCAGUCAAGUAUCAGCUGAGAAAACUCUGAAUGCCGAAAAGACAAUACACAAAGACAAGACAGAGCAGCAUUUAAAAUCAAAAUAACAACUAAGUAUUUGAAAGAUGAAGACAAAUAUUGUGAUAAUGAAUGCUAUUGUAAUUUUGUACCUUUUUAAUGUUUUAAUUGUAAAUCUAUAAUUGUCUAAUAUUAAAAUGGCCAUUAUAAAGUGAUUAUUGCCAGCUUUUUAUCUGUGAUUUUCAUUUUUAAUUUUAUAUUUGUGUUAUAAGUAAAUAUUUAGAUUUAUGAUUAGUUUUUAUAUUCAAAUAAGUAAUAAAACACAAAUUAUGA